CCUACGUGUACAGUGAGUCAGGAAUCUAUAUGAUUGGGACACGAUACUCUCCCUUAUUCAGUGACGCGCCAGCUGUCUCAGGUCGAAGCCGCCUCCCGUCAUGGACUUUUUGGCCGAAGAAAAGAAUAAGUAUGCCGCACCUGCGGGAUUAGCUACGAAGUACCGCCAAGAAGAAGUACACAGGUUCAUAGUGGACUGCAUGACCUCUGUGGCCACUCCUACACCUCAGGCAAGGGCUUUGGCUGACCUGCUCGUGGCUGCUGACCUGCGUGGCCACUUCACCCACGGACUCAAUAGAUUAGGUAAAUAUGGAAAGUCUGACGUGUGCGUGCGUGUGUGUGUGUAUUACCUUAUAAGACAUUUACAUCAAACAGUUUAUUCUGUUUUUACAAUCUCCUUAUAUCCCAUUACAGGCAGCAACCACUACGGAAUAGCCGGCUGGUACGCAAUGUCAGCCUCCAAACAAGGACUUCUGGGAAUGAGCUUCACGAACACCUCAUCGCUCGUCGUCCCAACACGAGGCAAACAGGCUCUGCUCGGAACAAACCCCAUUUCCCUGGCUGCUCCGGGAGAGAAAGGGGACGACUUCGUUCUCGACAUGGCCACCAGCGUCGUCUCGGGCGGGAAGGUGGAGGUGGCGUGCGUGAAGGGCGAGGGCGUGCCUGCCGGCUGGGCCCUGGACAGAGACGGAGCCCCGACCACCGACGCCGAGCGGGCGCUGGACGGCUUCCUACUGCCCCUCGGAGGCGACGAGACCCACUCGGGCUACAAGGGCUUUGGGCUCGGCAUGAUGGUGGAGAUCUUCUGCGGAAUUCUGACCGGAGCUCCUUACGGGUCCAACAUCCGUGACUGGACCAGGACCGACCGACCAGCUGAUCUGAGUCAAUGCUUCGUUGCAAUUGACCCGUCCUUCUUUGCGCCGGGUUUCGAAGGCCGCAUGACAGACCUCAUGAACCACUGUCGCAACAUGGAACCGGAAACCCAACAGAAGCCUGUCCUGGUAGCAGGAGACCCAGAGCGCCUGCACAUGCGCAAGGUAGAACAAGAAGGUGGAAUCACGUAUCAUAUCAACCAGAUUAAUAACUUGUGGAAGUUGGCAAAGUAUCUCGGUGUCACUCCAUUGCAUUCUUGAACCGACUGAUGUGGAAAAUAAAGGCGGCCUCGUGCUUGAUUUUUGGGAUGUGA